UUGCGAAGCGAGUCUCUCCAAGAUGGCGGCCUGGGGAAGGAGGCGCGCGGGGCCCGGCAGCUCCAGCGGAGGAGGCAGGGAGAGGAUUGCCUUGUCUGCCACGGACUGUUACAUAGUUCAUGAAAUCUACAAUGGGGAAAAUGCUCAGGACCAGUUUGAAUACGAGCUGGAGCAGGCCUUGGAGGCCCAGUACAAAUACAUCGUGAUCGAGCCCACGCGCAUUGGGGACGAGACGGCCCGCUGGAUCACCGUCGGCAACUGCCUGCACAAGACAGCCGUGCUGGCGGGCACCGCCUGCCUCUUCACCCCGCUGGUCCUUCCUGCAGAUUAUUCCCACUACAUCUCCUUGCCCGCCGGCGUGUUGAGCAUAGCCUGCUGCACCCUCUAUGGGAUCUCCUGGCAAUUCGACCCCUGCUGCAAGUACCAGGUCGAGUACAACGCCUAUAAACUCUCCCGCUUGCCCCUGCAUACGCUCACCUCCUCCACUCCUGUGGUUCUGGUGAGGAAGGACGACCUCCACAGAAAGAGACUGCAUAACACGAUAGCCCUGGCUGCCCUGGUGUACUGUGUAAAGAAGAUUUAUGAACUCUAUGCCGUAUGAUUGUGCAGUCGGGGAAAGGAGGAACCCACAAAAGACACGAAAGAAAGCGUAUUAAAAAAAAGGCUCCCACAGUUAACGAUUGAUUCCCUCCCCCCCUUCUUGGUGGGCACCUGGGGAAGCGGUUUGGUUUAUACCACUUGUUAUUUUUUAAAGAAACAAAAUAAAAAUAACAUGUCACUGGUCGGUGCAGCAAACGGGGGGAACGUUCAGUCUUCUCUUAUGCCCGGACGUGAAUCUGCUGUGAAGCAGAGCACCGUGGGAGCCGAAGUCGAUCAUGGAAUGUCAAUGAACGGAAACGAUGCGUAGGAAGGG